CUUUUUGGCCUCUUUCAAGACAUUGAGCUGGUUCUUUCUUUUCUCUUUUUUCUUUUUAUUCUUCUCUUCCUGGACCUCUUUCUAAUUACCCAAUUCAUCCUAUUCAUCACUACAUCAUUACAUCGAUCACCACUCUUCAAACCUAUCGUAGCUCCUGCUCCUCUAAUAACAUCUAACACCCAAUCUACUCCACUGUACCCUAUCCUACUCUACUCUACUCUGCUCUACUCUACUCUACUCUGCUCUACUCUACUCUACUCUACUCUACUCUAUUUGCUCUAUCCUGUUCCUUACACCACACUACACCACACUACACUACACUGUGCUAUCGCCGCCUAUCAACAAAAAGGAAACCAAACACGGUCAGCCAACCAGCGCGGCCCCAUUAAUCUUUCUCAAUUGGACGUACCUGAUAUCAACAAUAGCAUCAUAAUAAAUCAUCAUGGGUUGCUGUGUUAGUCAAGAGGAUAAGGAAGGCCGUCAGCGUAAUGAAGAUAUCGAGAAUCAACUCCGAAAAGAUCGCCUACGGAUGCGCAAUGAAGUUAAAAUGUUAUUGCUAGGUGCUGGUGAGUCUGGCAAAUCCACUAUAUUGAAGCAGAUGAAACUUAUUCACGAAGGUGGUUACUCAAAGGAAGAACGUGAAGCGUACAAGGAGAUCAUCUUUUCCAAUACAGUUCAAAGCAUGCGCGUGAUUCUGGAGGCGAUGGAAAAAAUGGAGCUGCCUCUUCAACAUGGCACGAACCGCAACUAUGCGAUUGUUAUCAUGAGUCAACCUCAACAAAUUGAGGGUGAGUACAUGCCUCAAGAUGUUGCUCUCGCUAUCCAAAACCUAUGGAUGGACCCCAAUGUACAGCAGGCAUUCCAGCGUAGUCGUGAAUAUCAAUUAAAUGAUUCCGCCAAAUAUUAUUUCGAUUCGAUUGAACGGAUUUCCAAAAACACGUACGUCCCCACAGACCAGGACGUACUCCGAUCACGCGUGAAGACAACUGGGAUUACAGAAACGCGUUUCGUGAUUGGAGAAUUGACCUACAUAAUGUUUGAUGUGGGAGGUCAACGAUCUGAACGUAAAAAAUGGGUGCAUUGUUUCGAGAAUGUGACCGCAAUUGUGUUCUUGGUAGCAAUCUCAGAAUACGAUCAACUACUAUUCGAGGACGAGACUGUUAACCGGAUGCAGGAAGCCUUGACGUUAUUUGACUCGAUCUGUAAUUCAAGGUGGUUUGUCAAGACUUCCAUUAUCUUGUUCUUGAACAAGGUUGAUCGUUUCAAGGAGAAGUUACCUUUCUCUCCCAUGCGCAAGUAUUUCCCUGAUUAUGAAGGCGGUGAUGACUUUGACCAAGCAUCACAAUAUAUUCUUAAUCGCUUCGUCAGUCUGAAUCUUUCGGACACGAAGCAGAUUUACACCCAUUUUACGUGCGCUACCGAUACUACCCAGAUCAGGUUCGUCAUGGCAGCCGUUAGUGAUAUUAUCAUCCAAACCAAUUUACGCGAUUGUGGUCUUAUGUAAAAAAAAAAAAUUGCUAUGCAAACAAACAUAAAACAUGUUACGUAUUAUUCAGACUCUACUCUCUCACCUCCUUUGUUUCUCCUACACUGUUCUCCCCUUUCAUCCUUACUCUCAAGUAAUUAUGAGAGGGUGAUAUAAUUCUCCGUCAUAUCCACACAACGUAUAUACCAAUUUAAAUUUAUUCAAAUAUGUACUGUAUUUAGUUUGUGCAACCACAGCAUUCUAUUUUGUGCCUGAAAUUUUCAGUCGUAAUAAAGUUAAUAAAAAAAGAC